AUGCUGGCAGAUAUAAUAGAAUACUGUCAAGAGAGAGGCUUGCGAACAGAAGGAGCAAAGGCAGAUCUUAUAGAAGAUCUUAUCAGUUGGAAAGAGAACCUGCAACUCGUGCCAGCGCCGUCUACACCCAAACUCUAUACAGCCUUUGAACUCUUACCCAGCUCUUCGCUCACGUCUUCCACUCGAUUGUCUCGUAGAAGAGAACAGCAGCGUCUUACACUCACGUCGAGGGAUCUGUCCUUGUUGUUUUUGGACGAUAAACAUCCACAGUAUGAUAUCCCCUUCAAAGCCUUGACGAUCGGUAAAAAGAUAGGAAGUGGAGGCUUUAAAGAUUGCUACAAAGAAUUGCGUUUGGCGCAUUUCAGUCAGGUCGAUUUGGAAGAAAUAAAACACGAAAUCAAUGUCUUGAAACAAUUGAGACACGAGAAUGUCGUACGCUUUAUAGGCGUAUGCACCGACCCUCAGCAUCUAAGUAUCAUCACAGAAUUAUGUGCAAAAGGCGACCUUUUCGAUGUCAUUCGCAAUUAUAAAAAACCAAGUUUCUCGCAACUAGUGAUGUAUAUGUAUGAUAUAGCGUUAGGCGUAUCCUAUCUCCAUACAAGAAGGUAA